AUGGUUUUUGAUUUAUCCACACUAAGAAAUGAAAAUUUAUCGACAAUUAGUACACUAGUGGAUUAUGUAGAGGAGCCGGAGUCAAACGUUCUUGAAUCGGAUUAUGAGUAUACUCCAGAACAACUAAACAAGCUUCAUAAAAAUGUACUUAACAGGUCACUGGAGGCUGAGGUGGAGGAAGCGUUUUCAUUGUUUGAUAGAAAUGGAGACCAAAAAAUAGAUUUUUUUGAAUGCCAAGCAGCGUUUAAAGCCCUAAGGUUGAACAUAUCGCCCGAGAAUGUAAAGGAGUUAUAUAAGGACAUAGGAAAGGACGAAAAGGACUUUCUAACCAUCACAGACUUUAAAACGUUAGUGAUAUCGAGAAUACAUACCCGAUACAACAAUACUGAAAUACAGAAGAUAUUCAACCAGCUACAAGAUGGAACAGGAAAAAUAACACUGGAGAGUCUCAGGUCGUCGAUUAAUAAAAUAGGAGUUGAAAUAUCUGAUGAAGAACUCACAUUAAUGGUGUCUGAAGCAUCUACUAAUAAAACAUAUAUCCUCUACGAUGAUUUUGCAAAGCUGUUAAAACGAUCGUGGACGGGUGAUCCGUUGGAUAUGAUUUUCGAAUAA